CUCAAGGAGCCCCUCAUGUUUCCUCGCACCCGUCAGCUUCUGCGCUCUCUGGCUCGCCGCAGCGCCGCUUCCUCGGCCGCUCGCUUCGUGCACGCGCAUCCUGUAGCCGGUCACGCGUCGGUAUCUCUGCAGCCGCGCGUCAUGUCGCCGUUCCUGGCUCGCAGUGGAGCGCUGCGCUCCAUGUUUAUCCAGACGGAGCCGACGCCCAAUCCGCUGAGCGUCAAAUUCCUGCCCGGGCGCUCGGUGCUGGAUGAACGCUUCACAACGGGCGUGGACUUUACGCCUUCCUCGGAGGAGGUGCGUCGCUCGCCGCUGGCCAAGAAACUGUUCCAGAUUGAGGGCGUGACGCGCGUGUUCUUCGGCAAGGACUUUAUUUCAGUCACAAAGACGGAGGAGGAGGACUGGGAUGCACUAAACGCUGAAAUCUUCGCAACGAUCAUGGACUUCUUUGCCUCUGACGAGCAAGUCAUGUCGGAUGAACCGAUCGUCACGGACACGACGAUUCUGCCGGAUGAUGACGAAGUGGUGGCCAUGAUCAAGGAGCUGCUGGAGCAGCGUAUCCGUCCUUCGGUGCAGGACGAUGGUGGCGACAUUUUCUACAAAGGUUUCGAUGAGAAGACGGGCACGGUCUCUGUCCAGCUUGCAGGCUCGUGUGCAGGCUGUCCGAGCUCUUCUGUGACGCUCAAGCACGGCGUGGAGAACAUGCUGAAGCAUUACAUUCCCGAGGUGCGCGGCAUUGAAGAGUGGGUCGACGAAGAGCUCAACGCUGUGAAUGACAAGGAGUUCCGUACCCUCGAAGAGAAACUGCGAUCUGUUGGUAUCCCCAGCGAAUAA